AUGGCGCUCCACAACCCUCGGAGCCUCAUCCAGGCCGCCACGAUCGCAUCCAAGGGAUUGGGGAGAGCAUCACUGGGCGGUGCAAGAGCGGAGACAUGUACAUCUGGUCUUUGGAGGGCAUUUUCGUCGGGCCCUCCGGCUGCUCGAUCGUUCGCCUCCAUAACCUCUAGGACCAACACGUUCACUCUACGCACACCGACUCGCACGUCUUUCACCGGCCUAAAUCAGAAGAGGAGUAUCUUCGGCGCAGCGACUUGGGGAUCCCAAGGCUCUUCGGUCAACCAGAACAUGCUUGCGCAAAUGGAGCAGACUGCGAACAACAAUCCCACCAGCGCCACUGCGCAAAACGCCUUCUACCAAGCUCUCCUCCGCGCCAACAUGCCUCAGAUCAUCGUCGAACGCUACAAUACUGGACGCUACGCCACGAAUGCCUCUACCGAUCAAGCCUACUCUCGUGCCCUUUCGCUAGCCGGAGGCGCCACGUCUGGAAACACUGCAGGCUUGAAUACUUCCGGUAACAACAAUGGAUACACUCGCGAGCAGAUGCAAGCUGCUGGUCAGGCAAUCGGUGCGAGACAGGGCGGCGGUAAUCUCAGCAUGCUAUCUCCAAAUGGUGCAUCUGGUGGAAAGAUGGAGCCYCUGUAUGUCGUUGUGGAUGAGAGCUGGGGAAGCACCAUCUUCAAAUGGACCAAGUUCGUCGUCGUUACCGGAGCCGUUCUCUACGUUUCAUUCGUGUUGCUCACUCUACUGGUUGAAGGAGCAGGAAUGCUCAAGAAAGUCGGAGGAGGGCAAGGCAAGGAAGCGCAGCCUGAACUGCAAACUGCUAGGUUCUCUGAUGUGCACGGGUGCGAGGAAGCCAAAGAGGAACUUCAAGAACUUGUCGAGUUUCUCAAGAACCCCGAUCAAUUCAGUGCUCUUGGUGGCAAGCUUCCCAAGGGUGUGCUUCUCGCUGGACCUCCCGGUACCGGAAAGACCCUCCUCGCACGUGCAGUAGCAGGGGAGGCUGGCGUUCCCUUCUUCUACAUGUCUGGUUCCGAGUUUGACGAGAUCUAUGUCGGUGUAGGAGCUAAGCGCGUCCGCGAGCUUUUCGCCUCUGCCCGUGCAAAGAGUCCUGCCAUUAUCUUCAUUGACGAGCUGGAUGCCAUUGGUGGCAAGCGUAACGAGCGCGAUGCAUCCUACGUCAAACAGACUCUCAACCAACUUCUCACUGAACUCGAUGGUUUCGAGCAAGACACGGGUGUCAUCAUCAUCGGCGCAACCAACUUCCCAUCAUCGCUUGACAAGGCUCUCACUCGACCUGGACGCUUCGAUCGCAAUGUUGCCRUUUCGCUACCUGAUGUUCGCGGAAGAAUAGCGAUCCUCAAACAUCACAUGAAGAACAUCAAGACUGACGCGUCAGUUGAUGCAGCAGAAAUCGCCCGUGGUUCGCCAGGCUUUUCAGGUGCUGAUCUCGAAAAUGUUGUCAACCAGGCCGCAGUUCGCGCUUCGAAGAACAAGCAGGCCAAAGUUACGAUUAAGGAUCUCGUUUGGGCAAAGGACAAAAUUAUGAUGGGAGCCGAGCGUAGGAGCGCCAUCAUCCAGCAAAAAGACAAGGUGAUGACAGCUUACCAUGAAGGUGGUCACGCAUUGGUCGCGAUGCUCACAGAGGGCAGCAUGCCACUCUACAAGGCUACCAUCAUGCCACGAGGACAAGCAUUGGGAAUCACACACAUGUUGCCUGAAAUGGACAAGGUCAGCGAGACGAAGAAAGAGCUGAAGGCAAGGAUCGACGUGGCGAUGGGUGGUAAAGUAGCAGAGGAGCUCAUCUACGGCGAAGACAAUGUCACCACGGGAGCAAGCUCCGACAUCCAGAACGCUACCGCCGUCGCGUACAUGAUGGUCACUCAGGCUGGUAUGAGCGAUAAGCUGGGUAACAUUGAUCUCAGUUCCGACUAUGCCCGACUCUCGCCGCAAACGAAGCAAGCGAUUGAGGGCGAAGUGAGGAGGUUAGUGGAAGAAGGACGGGCACGUGCCACCAAACUUCUCACCGACAACCGCGAGGCACUUGCGAGACUGGCAAAUGCGCUAGUUGAGUAUGAGACACUUGAUCGUUCAGAGAUGGAGAAAGUGGUGAAGGGUGAGAAACUUCCCCCGCAGAAGAUGAAGGUUGAUCCAGACACCCCUGUCAAGUUGCCUGAGCCCGGGAACACGCUUCCUGCUCCUCCGAGACCAGGAAUGCCAGUGGGCGAGGAUGAAGUUGGUGGAAUCCCGCCCACUCCCGUGGAAGGUACUUCAGGCAGCCCGUAUCCAGCCAGGAAUUCUUGA